AUGGCCAACCAGAAAAUCUGUCGCGAUUUUGCUCGAGAUGGGAAAUGCAAGUUUCGACGCUGUAAGUUUUCACACGAUAUUUCCCGCGACAACAACCGUAAUGCGCCUCGCCUAAACACGAAAAGACCCGAGCCACCAGCUAGCGAGAGCGACUUUCGUGCCUGGAGACGAAACCUGUGGGACCCCAACCGGGACUAUCCAUUGGGGCAUCGGCUUGGAAGCUUUCUGCGGGAAGCACAACGAUUGAUCGAUCAAGAUGUCGGGGUGCAGCAAGAGGUGAUCCGCGCCCUGGCCGAGGAAGGCGGCUUGAAGCGCAUGAAGGAGUUGAUCGACGAAAACAUCCUGGGAGCCCGGUCCUCUACACAGAAGUCGAUCAUUCUCGAUCAGCAGGUGGUGCCUUUCCUAAACAUCGUAACGCAUCCUGGUGUGCGGGACUCCCUGGUCCUCGAACAAUCUGUUGGAACGAUCUAUGCUUUCCUCUAUGGCUUGGCCGGGAGACGGGCACUGGACCUGCUGGGUUUCCUGGCAGACAUUCUAUCAUGCAACAAGGACCAAGUCAAAGAGAAUCAGAUCAACCACUUCGAAAUGUCUCUUGUGGCAUUCUGGCACAUACUCAAGCUGAACUCAGAGGCAUACGUCCACGAGGGCCUUAAGCAAUUGGCCAACCGCUUCCAGUCCAUCGUGAACGAUCUUGAAGUCUCGCAGGCGCAAGGUGCUCUGUACGAGGUCAAGGUCUACUUGCAAAAAAUCCUGCAUCGGCUCGAUAUCGGUGCGGCACUUCCAAGCAUAGCUUCCUCUGGACAGCCCACCCCAGAGAGCGACAAGCUUCCCUCGUCAUUCGUCAUCCACCGCACUCCCCCGGGGGGCCGCCACAACAACGAUUCGGCGGACAUCUGCGACAUUCAGAUCCUGCCCACGUCUGAAGAGAUCCUGUCCCCUCAUACCGAGUAUUUGCCCGUGAAGGACCCUCGACAGUGGCAUCUCAGCGGUGUCGCUGGGCUCCUGGACCGCAACUUCCGCUUGCUCCGUGAAGACACGGUCGGGCAGUUGAGGGACGUCAUCCACAAUCAGCUUCGCCCCGAAAACACAGCACAAUCUAGACAGGGUAACCAAGUCCGGACGUACGCAUAUCCGAACGUUAAGGUGGCUUCCUUGUCCUUUGAUCGACAUGCAGGGCUGCAGUUUGCGAUCCGAUUCCGUCAGCUUGCGCAAGUGCAGGGACUGCAUGUCAAACAGCGCGAGGAAUGGUGGAGCCAAUCUAGGCGCCUACAAAGUGGCGCCCUUGUAUGCCUCAUCGAUAAGAGUGGAGGAGACGUACUGUUUUGUACGGUAGCUGAGCCACCCAGGUUGCCGCCCGGCACACCUCAGCCCAAGGAUUCGCCGUCUCUUUGGAAGGAGAAAGAUGUCUCAACUGUCGCUUUGGAAUUCAUAGACCCUACAAAUCAGCAUGUGCAGUUUGUUCUUGAUCGAUAUCGUCCCCGUGGCCCAGUCUCUCCCGUCACCCUAGUGGAGUUCCCCGGCAUUCUUCUUCCAGCCUUUGCUCCGACAUUGCGCGCGCUCCAAAAGAUGAAGCAAAGCGAAGACCUGCCUUUUGCGAACCUGCUGGCUCCGGCGUCCUCCGAAAAUUGGGACCAGGUGGCGGAAGUGCCACCACCGGCAUACGCUCUCAAGCCCGGGUUCAAGUUCGAUCUUAGCUGCUUGAUGACCGACGAAGAUGAACUGCAUCUCCGUCCCGGCCAGGCUUUUGACAUGGAUAAAUUUCAUGAGAAGUCCAUUCUUGAUCCGGCUCAAGCUGUGGGCCUCAUAAACACCCUCCAGCACCAGGUAGGCCUCAUCCAGGGCCCUCCAGGCACAGGGAAGAGUUACACUGGAGUUGCCCUGAUCAAGGUGCUGCUAGCCAAUGCGGCCAAAGCCAAAGCCAAUAUUGGACCAAUUAUCUGCGUCUGUUAUACCAAUCAUGCCCUCGACCAGCUUCUCGAAGACCUGUUGGAAAAGAAGAUUACGACACAGAUUGUCCGAAUUGGAUCGCGCUGCAAGUCCGAACGCGUCGAGAAAUACACCUUGAGCAAAUUAGCCGACAGGCCUCCGCAGACCAAAGUCGAAAAGAGUUCGAUGUAUCACCUCUAUGUUCAACUCGAGGAGUGUGUAAAGGAAUUCGAUGCUCUACGAUUAUAUUCAGAAGGAUCCGAGGCUAACUUAAAGCGGUUUCUGGAGCGCCAUAACCCCAGUCAUUAUCGCCAGCUUUUCACCAACGACGAGAAGGGAUGGAUAACUGCGACGUCAAAGGGCAAUAAUGCAUUUCGGCAGUGGAUAAACAGAGGAAUCAAGUCGACGGAGAAGCCCCGAUCUAUCGGUAUCCUCGAGAAUAUAAAACUCGAGCAAAUGAGCAUGAAGGAACGGCAAAUGAUCUAUGAGCACUGGCUCACGGAGAAUAGACGUCAGAAGCACGACAAAGCUAAGAACCUGGUGCAUGAACAAAAGAGGAGCAAGGAAAAACUGAACGAUGUUCGACACGAGGUCGAUCUGCGAUGUCUCCGACAGGCACAGGUUAUCGGGGUUACGACUAGUGGCCUCGCUCGAAAUCUCAAGAUGCUUCGCCGCCUUCAGUCCAAGGUAGUGCUGUGCGAAGAGGCUGGAGAGGUGUUGGAGGCUCAUCUCCUGACAGCCCUUCUGCCUUCCGUCGAGCAUGCCAUACUCAUUGGAGACCACCAGCAACUUCGCCCGCAGAUUCAAGAUUACAAUCUUUCUAGAGAGAACUACCGAGGUGGUGAACAGUACUCUUUGGAUCAAUCAUUGUUUGAGCGACUGGUUGAUCCCGGCGAGGAUGGCCCAGGGGUGCGGAUGCCGUUUAGCACGUUGGAAACGCAACGCAGAAUGCAUCCUUCCAUCGCACAGCUGGUCAGAGACACUUUGUACCCUCGCUUAGAAGAUUCUCCCUCUGUUUUGGAAUACCCGGAGGUAUGCGGGAUGCGCCAGAGGCUGUUCUGGUUUGAUCAUCAACACCUCGAAGCCGACAAUUCCAGCACCGAUGCGGUAAACACCUCACACUGGAACGCGUUCGAGGUGGAGAUGACCACCGCACUAGUCGCUCACUUGAUCCGACAAGGCUGUUAUAGAGCGGGAGAAAUUGCUGUACUGACCCCUUACCUGGGACAGCUCCAUCGGCUACGGCGUCGGCUCAGCGAGUCGUUUUCCAUCGUCCUCGGCGAUCGUGACCAGGAUGAUCUGGAGGCAGCAGGACUAAAUGAAUCAGACGCAGGGAAUACUCCGGUGUCUCGUACAAAUGCACUACAGACCGUUCGUGCAGCCACCAUUGAUAAUUUCCAGGGUGAGGAAGCCAAGGUUGUGGUAAUUUCGUUGGUCAGAAGCAAUGCCCAGAGACGCUGCGGGUUCCUACGCACCUCUAACCGCAUCAACGUUCUGCUGUCCCGUGCAAAGCACGGCAUGUAUAUCAUAGGUAACGCCGCUACCUCGAUGGAUGUACCGAUGUGGCGCCAAGUGGUGGAGAUCUUAAAGGACAAGGACAACUUUGGCGCCCAGCUCAAGCUACAAUGCCCACGCCAUCCAGAAUCCCCUAUUGCUGUUUCGGAGCCCGACCACUUCGUGCAAUUCUCCCCAGAGGGCGGCUGCAAUCAGCGCUGUGCCAACCGAUUGCGAUGCGGCCAUGCCUGUAAGCAGAAAUGCCAUUCGACGCUGCUCCAUGAUGCGGUCUACUGCCAGGAACCUUGCCCAAGACCUUUGAAGGGAUGCGAUCAUGCCUGCCCGAAGCACUGUGGCGACAAAUGUCCCCAACAAUGCCAGGUGAUCGUGUUCGACGCCAACCGGAAACUCAAAUGUGGACAUGCUGCAGUGGAGCUCCCAUGUUGGCAGGCGCAAGAUCCGACGCAGGUUAAGUGUCCAGUGCCUGUGGUGAAGCAGUGUGUGGAGCCAUCCUGGCCUGCGGACAUCCUUGCCGACGCAAAUGCUGUCAGUGUACUCGGUAUGAUGGGGACAACAAUGCUCAAGUCAACCAUGGCCGAUGCGAACAGCCGUGUGGUCGCAAUUACUCGGCGUGUGCACAUAGCUGUACUCGGAUCUGCCACGAGCCGGAGUCCUGUCCUCCGUGUGAGGCCCCUUGCGAUGUUCAUUGUGGCCAUUCCCAGUGCCCCAACAAGUGCUGUGAGCCCUGCGUUCCCUGCGCCGAGACUAAAUGCCCAUCGUCGUGUCCUCACAGUUCAUCGCUGCGAGAAACUUCUGCCCUGUGGCCAUCAAUGUCCCUCUGUUUGUGGCGAGAUUUGUCCGCCAGCUCCUUUCUGCCAGAUAUGUGCUGCUCCAGAGGUCAAGGACCGCGUUGUUGAUUUUAUCCUCGGCGAGGUAUAUCGGGAGAUAGACCUUAAUGAAAACCCCUGCAUCUUUCCUCGAUGCGGACAUUUCUUGACCAUGGAGAGUAUGGAUGGCCAGAUGGACAUGAAAGGACACUAUGAGCUGGAUGCCGACGGUAAACCAGUCGCGAUAACCGAGUCAUCCAGGCCAUUUUCCGUCGAGGACGUCAAAAGAUGUGCCACCUGCCGGGGAUCUUUACGGGAUAUUUCUCGGUACGGUCGGCUGGUACGUCGGGCCAUGUUGGAUGAGGCCACAAAGAAAUUUAUCUUGUACCUCAACAAUGAAUACGUUCCAAUGGCCCAGGAACUGCCAAAGCUGGUUACCGCCCUACCUGAGGCCAAGAAUUUAGCUGGGUCGCUGGCAAUGUUCCAAAUCGGUGAAGCCAUCCGGGUUGAUGGUUCUGGUAACCAACAAAUCAAACGCUUGGGGGAUCUCAUGAAGAAGAACAAAAUGAAUCGCUGGGAUGGACUCCUCCAAUUGAGGAAGCGCAUGGUCAAAUACUAUUCCAGGGUUCAAGUCGAAGAGCAACCCUUCAGUCGCGUUCAGUACCUGGUGGAGCAUGCACGGCGGCAGAAAGAAUCCCAGGGAACGUUUAAGUUCAAUGAAAGUGUGUUGCAAACGAAGGGUGUUUUGCUAGCACGAGCACUUCUCAUCCGGUUAGACAUUGCACUGCUCGGCGACUUUCUCUCGCUUUACAACGUUGCAACUCCACUGUCAACACGGCGUGAGCUUUUGGUCGAUCUGCAGAAAAAUAUGUAUGACUGCCACAGCCUCAUCCAGCUAGCCGGUGACCUGCAUCGAGUUGCCCAUCAAGCUGAGGGCUACAUCUUCCUGGCGCAGCUUUGUGCUCUGCAGCGAUCACACAUAAAAGAUGUAUCGGAUGCUGAGCGUCGGCUUACCGAAGGCUGCGAAGCUCUAGAUGCUGCCGAGCAACUUUGUAGGCAGUAUCCAGGCCAAACCCAGGGGUUUUCGGAAGAGAUUGAGAGCGCCAAGGCGAUGUUAAGAGGCUCAACUUUCUAUAGCGCCGUUUCCAACGAAGAACGAAUGGCAGUGAUCACGGCCAUGAACCGCGAAUUCAUGGGCACUGGCCACUGGUACUAUUGUCCAAACGGGCAUCCUUUCACGAUCGGCGAAUGUGGAGGCGCGAUGCAAGUCUCAACGUGUCCCGAGUGUGGUGCCCCAGUUGGGGGCCAGAGACAUCAAACGGUCGACGGAGUUACGCGUGCAAAUGACUUGGAAAUGGGACUAGCAAGUUUGAGACUUGAAUGA